AUGGAUGUUGCAGCGCAGGAGAUCAACAAGCUUGUUCAGCGCAUCCUGCCCGAUCGGCCGUACCACCUCUCUGUAUCCGCCACCGGCCGCUACCCAGUGCCUCCAGGCCUGUGGCCCAAUACCUCGCCACUGCAGUACACCACAUUCGUGUCUGAAGCUGACCGUGGCAUCCUGCUUACACGACCCUAUUUUGACAUUCAACUGGAAACCGAAGACGACCCGAACAACACCAAAAACAAACGCGGCAAAGCCACGUCGUCGACCAACAUAGCAUUGCCCGGUGGUAGCCCUGCGGGGGCCGGCAACAAGAGCGAGACGAAGAAGCCCGUAACAAAGAUGUCCUUUAAAGACUAUCAACAAAGCAAGAAUCAGAAAAAACUACCUGGUUCACCAACAAACACCCCCGCCACAACAACCAAACCAGACACAAAUCUGCGCAAAAGCGAAGGAGCUAUGGCCUCCUAUGUUGAUCGGCAGCAUCUGCCUCCGAAACCGGAAUACAAUGGCGACAGCGAACCGACCGCACAAACGCUCGAGGUCGGAUACCUCCAUGACCUCUAA